AUGGGUGAGGCAGACAGCUACGCCAACGGCGGCAACGAACGAGGUCCGCCGCAGCAAUGGGGACAACAACAGCAAUAUGGUCAGCCCUAUGGUCAACAGCCUUAUGGCCAGCAGCCAUACCAACAGCAAUAUCAACAGCCGCCGCCGCAAGACUAUUACAACCAGUCUCAACCUCAGAACCAGAAUGGAUAUCAGCCGGAGCCGCAACAGCAGCACCCUGAUCAGUAUGGCGCCCCGCCGCCAUACAGCUACAACCCACCCAAGGGCAAUGAUCCGAAUUACUCCUUUGACCAGGCGUUCAAGGUUGCAAAGCCCAAGUGGAAUGAUCUAUGGGCUGGCAUUCUGCUCAUCCUCGUCUUUCUCGGCUUCAUCGCCGUUUCCGUCAUCUCGAUUCGAGGGUACGUCACCGGAUCGCAAGGCAACGGUAUCUACGGCGGAAAUAAUACUUUCUCCCUGAACAAUAAUACCAUUAUCCUUUUCGCAUUUGGCCUGGUGGUUGCCUUUGUACUGUCGUGGGGUUACGUCACGGUUGCGCGUGUGUUCCCCAAGCAGUUCAUCUGGGUCACGGGCAUUCUCAACAUUUGCUGGGCUAUCGGGACGGCCAUUUAUUAUCUCUACAAGAAGUAUUGGUCUGCGGGCAUAGUCUUCCUUAUUUUCGGACUCUUUACGGCCUUUGCGUUUUAUACCUGGAUCCCCCGCAUUCCAUUCUCGGCCUUGAUGCUCAAGACCAGCAUCAAUGUCAGCAAAAAGUAUGGCCAUGUCUACUUGGUUUCCCUAAUUGGCGGACUCUUUGCUACGGCAUUUGCUGCAUGGUUCUCGGUCACCCUCACGGCAGUUUACGUCACCUACGAACCUUCGGCCAACAACCCAAAAUGCGGCUCAGAUGGAAAUGGCUGCAGCAAUGCUACUCUUAUUGGUUUGACUGUUUUUAUUACUUUUGCCAUGUAUUGGAUAUCAGAGUGGCUCAAGAACACGAUUCACACAACCAUUGCCGGGGUGUAUGGUACUUGGUAUUUCUGCGUGCACAACUUCCCCAAGGGUGCGACUCGCGGAUCUGCCAAGCGUGCACUUACCUACAGCUUCGGUUCCAUCAGUCUUGGUAGUUUGCUCGUUGCCAUCGUUCAGUUCUUGCGCCAGCUAUGCUCCAUUGCUAGACAGCAGUCCAUGGACGGAGGUGGCGUUGCGGGCAUUAUUGGAUAUGUCAUUUUCUGCAUUCUUGGCUGCCUUAUCUCCCUCCUAGAGUGGGCGCUUGAGUUCCUGAACAAAUAUGCCUUUUGCCAUAUUGCGUUGUAUGGAAAGGCAUAUUUCCCUGCUGCCAAGGAUACCUGGAACAUGAUCAAAGAUCGCGGAAUUGACGCACUGAUCAACGAAUGCCUCAUUGGUCCUGUUCUGUCUUUCGGUGCCAUGUUUGUCGCCCUUGCAACGGCUCUCCUCGCUUAUUUAUAUCUUCAAUUCACCGACCCGGCCUACAAUAGUAGUGGUAGCUUCACAGCAGUCAUCAUGGCAUUCGCGUUCCUCAUUGGCUUCCAAAUUGCCCUCAUCUUUACGACGCCGAUCUCGAGUGGCAUCGACACGAUUUUCGUGGCGGCUGGAUGGGACCCCCAGGUCAUGAUCAAUGAUCAUCCUGAGCUGUAUCAGGAGAUGGUGAGGUUGUAUCCCAAGGUGCAGCAGGCUAUUCAAGUGCGGCGAUAG